CUAGUUCGCACCUGGGGGCGGGGCGAAGGGCCGUGGGGGCGGCGAGGUGGGGCCGCGCUUGCGCGCUUGCGUGGAGCCGAGCCGACCGUGUCCGCGCUCGGUCCUGGCUGUCCUGAGCGACUGGAGGCAAGAUGCAGGACCCCAAUGCAGACACAGAGUGGAAUGACAUCUUACGCAAAAAGGGCAUCCUGCCCCCAAAGGAAAGCCUGAAAGAAUUGGAAAAGGAAGAACUGGAAAAGGAGGAGCAGCGAAUCCUACAGCAGUCAGUGGUGAAAACUUAUGAAGAAAUGACUUUGGAAGAACUGGAGGAUAAUGAAGAUGAAUUCAAUGAGGAGGAUGAACGGGCUAUUGAAAUGUACAGGCAGCAAAGACUGGCUGAGUGGAAAGCAUCCCAGCUGAAGAAUAAAUUUGGAGAAGUUUUGGAAAUCUCAGGAAAGGAUUAUGUUCAAGAAGUUACCAAAGCUGGCGAGGGCCUAUGGGUAGUCCUACACCUUUACAAACAAGGGAUCCCCCUCUGUGCCUUGAUAAACCAGCACUUCAGUGACCUUGCCAGGAAGUUUCCUGACGUGAAAUUUAUCAAAGCGAUUUCAACCACCUGCAUACCCAACUAUCCUGAUAGGAAUCUGCCCACAGUAUUUGUUUACCUGGAAGGUGACAUCAAGGCUCAGUUCAUUGGUCCUCUGGUGUUCAGCGGCAUGAACCUGACGAGAGAUGAGUUGGAGUGGAAACUCUCUGAAUCUGGAGCAAUCAAGACAGACCUGGAGGAGAACCCUAGGAAGCCCAUCGAAGAUGCACUGCUAUCCUCAGUGCGAGGCUCUGUCCCCAUGAGAAGAGGGGAUAGCGAUUCUGAGGGUGACUAAGGCUUCAGUCACUGCAACUUUUUGAACUUUCUUGAUAGGCGACAUUGUCUAGAUUUUUUGGUUUUUAAUCUUUUAUCAUUAUGUUUUAAAUUUCAUAUAUUUCAGGAGUAAUCAUCACUGGAAAUUCUAUUAAAUUUCUUGGAACUCUUUUUUAAAUUAUUAACAGUUCUUUUAAAAAAUGUUUUAUUUAUUAUUUUUAUUUUAUGUGUAUGAGUAUAUUGUCUGCAUGUAUGUAAGUGCACCCAUGUCAUGCAGUGCCCACACAGGUCAGAAGAGGGUUUUGGAUCCCCCGGAACUGGAGUUACGGACAGUUGUUAGCCACCAUGUGGGUACUGGGAACUGAACCCAUGUCCACUACAAGAGCAGCCAGCGCUCUUAACUGCUGAGCCAUCUCUCCAGCUCCUUAUUAUUAACAUUUUUUUAAGAAAAAAUUCAAGUCAGUUAUUAGUAUGCCAAAUAUCUGUUUUCUUACUAAGCAAACUAAAAAUAUUUAAAUUUUUUGACAUGCAGCUGUAUAAAAAGGAAUAUGGAGUUAAAAGUGACUAAAUUACACAGUGCAAAAAUUGGGAACUAAACUAUAGUUAUACUAUUUAUUUUCCUUUUAUAAAACUAGCAAAAGAAUUAUCACUAAGGAAAAAAAUCUUAGUAUCUGUCCUAUUUAGAAGAAAUGGCUGAUAAUAUUUUUUGAAAUACUGUUUUAUCAAAGCAUUAACAAAUUUUGAUUACUGGUGUGUUUUUAUUUUCAGCUGUCUUUUUUCUAGUUAAAAUAACAUUUAUCUCAGGCUAAUAGGAUAUCAGCUGUUUUUAAAAAGGAGUGUUUUGCUUACAUGUAUAUAUAUAUGUACCAUCGUGCAUGCGGUGCCCACAGAGGCCAGAAGAGGGCAUCAGAUCCCCUUGAACUGGAGUUACAGGCCACUAUAUAGGUGCUGGGAGCUGAACCCAGCCAAACCCUGCAAGAGCAGCAAGUGAGCCAUCUCUUCAGCCCCAAGAUGGCAGCUAUUUUUGAUUAUUGUUAGAUUUGUUUCUUAGAAAGAAGGUAUAAGCAUAUACAUUUGUAAGCUGUAGCUCAGUCAGUCCAUAAAACAGUAUCAAGAUGUUUGAUGCAUCAGAAUUCUGUCAAAUUGACACUGAUAACAGAAAAAUUAGGGAAGAUAUUCCCUAAUAGUUGUGUUGAAUGAUUCAGCACUUAUAGCUGAUUAGAAUCUUAGAAAAAAAGAAUCUGAGAACACACAGUUCUGAUUAUUUUGUAAAACUUAUUUUUUUCUAAUUUGAAGAUAUAACAGUGAAUAGUGACCCGUUUGUAUGUCAGAGUGUCUUAUUUUUCUAUUGUGUGAGAGCCAUUGCUGCUGGAUUAAAACACUUUCUGUAAUGGUUUAGCUUCAAAGGUGUUCAUGAAAUCUUAAUAGCAAGGUUGAAACAAUCUUGUGAUUUUUGUGGCUUUGUAAGUGGUUCUUUGUGGCUUGCAGGAGAGCUGCCACUUUAGAAUUUCUGUGGUAGCUGACAGUGUAAUGAAUGCGGGGGAAGAGACGUUUGAUGUUGUAUUUGCCUCAGCCUGAACUUGUAUACUAAAAGGAAAAGAGCUGUACUUGAACGUGGGCAGUCUCUGGGUGGUAGAGAACUUCAGGCUUAAUUCCACUGCAGAGCCUUGCAGGAUCUAAUUCUAAUAUUCACUAUACCACUUUGAUCCAAAUGUGCACACUGCCCUGAAACCAUGCCUGCAUGCCAGAUAAGGCCCUUGUGGACUGAUAUAAUCAUGGAGCACAGCAAAAGUUCUGUAGUACCUAUGGUCUUGGCUAAUGAGCGCUGUCUGCUUGCACAGCUCUGGCAUCCAGGCAGCUGUUCAGCAUCUGUCUGAACUUGAUUUAGAGAAAGAGCAGCAUCUUUAUCCUAAAAUUGGGAUUGUGAUUUGGAACCUAACCUGCCAGUGUCUAAGGCUUAGCUGAUUCUGGGAGACAUGCCUAUGGUAUUUCCCACUGUUUUUCAGUUUCUUUUGUCGCAUUAGAGAUGAAAAGAUUUAUUAUUUAUGUGUAUGUGUGUUUGCCUGUAUGAGUUUACGUGCACUGUGUGUAUGCAGAAGCCCGAGGAGGGCAGAAGUCAUCAGAUCCUCUAACUGGACUUACAGGUGGUUGUAAGCUGCCAAGUGGGUGUUGAGGGACUGAACCCAGGUCCUCUGCAAGAACAGUGAGUGUUCUUAACCACUGAACCAUCUCUCCAGCCCCGAAUAUUGGAUUUUAGGCUUUAAGUUUGUCUAAUUCCACAGCAAGAAAUGCACAUGAGCCUGGAGGAUCUUGUCAUUUCAGAAAGUAAAGAAAUGCUAAACAACAAAGAAAAUGAAAGCACACUGAUGGGAUGGGAGUACGUCCAUUGGCAGAGCUCCCAGUGGUAAAGUUCAAACAAUUGGAGCAACACAGUAAGUAGAAGCUUAUAACCUAAAGUAUGAUGUGUCUACCCAUGAGCCAUGCUGAUUUUUUUUUAAGUAGUAAGGAGGAAGAGGCCACCUCCCACACAUAAUCCCAAGUAACUUAAUAUAGAUGCUUUUUUUUCUUUUUUUUUCUUUCUUGAGACAGGGUCUCCCUGUAGCCCCAGCUGAACUGGAUCUCACUAUGUAGACAAGGCAGGCCUUGAUCUUGCAGAGAUCUGGCUGCCUAUACUUCCCAGGUGCUGGGAUUAAAGGCCCGUACCACCAUGCCCAGCUUAAUGUAGAUUCUUAGCCCUUUGGCAUUCUACUCUUAAAGGGUGGGUUGCACAUAGUGACUUCUUUCUGAAGUGUCAUAUAGAAAAGGGGAUAAAGGUCACAACCACGACAGGCAAUGUUGACAGUGUGGCCCAUGAUAUGAGAUGAAAAGGGGCACUUUACCUCUGGUCUUCCAAAAUCUCAUAAUUAAGGGGGAGAAAAAAAACAUAUCCCAGUGGAGGAACGGUCUACAAAAUAGCUGACCAGAACUCAAAUUGUCAGGGUUGUCAAGUACCAGAAGAGUCUGAGGCGCUGUCACAUUCAAGAAAUGUUACUAGAUGAAAUGAGGGGUGCUGCAUAUGCUCCUAGGACAGAAAAAAUACUAGGUUAAAAAAUGAACCCUGAGUCCAGAUGGACUCUUAAUUAUGUCAGUAUUGAUUAAGGAAUGCUAGAUACCAAUCACAAAAUGGUGCAGGAUAUAAGGCACUCCAUGUUAGCUUCCUCAGUUUUAAAAAUGAUGCUAAAGAUUUAAUUUGAAAGUAUGGUGGCUUGUGAAUCACAUCAAAAUGGCAAUUGUAAUUUGGGUAAGAAGGCAGUGCUCAGUUCCUGUAAGAACAUGCCAUAACUAAAGGACCACAUAGUCAUCUUGGAUCUUUGCAAAGGGAGGGCCUGAGCCAGGGCUUGGGUAGUGCUUAGAGGAGUCUCCAGGCCACUGGAGAGACAGCUGAGGGAGGAGGGCUGAUGGAGAGGCUGUGGACAGAGCUGGAGGGGGAGGAAAGGUGAUCACAUGGAGACCUCUGGAAAACACACAGCUGCCAGAUGGGAACCUGGAUUCUGGGUCCUCCAAUCCUAGCUCCCAUAGGUGAGGGCUACUCCUGGGGCAUUAACUGCACUUGUGUGUGUUUGCUCAAGAGUAGCCAAGCUGUGUGCCUUGGGAGAGGCAGACAACAUGGGUGGAUGCGCUGGUGGAAUGUGAGCUUGCGUGCUUCUGGUCCUGUCUUACUCAUUUAGAAGAGCUGCUUAGACAUUCAAGCAUAGACUUUUGUUGUUUAUCCUUAUGUGUACAUAGGGAGGAAAGCCAGUGAAAGGAAUUGGGUGAGGCGUUCCUAAGAGGGCUCCCAUGAGCAGCUCUGAUGCCUUUCCUCCAGCUAGGAUGCUGGCACUUCCUUGAUCCUACCAGAAGGUGGCACUCAGUGACAGCUUGAUCACAAUUACUACUGGUUAGGGAAACUUAGAUGUACUCUUGGCUUCACAGAUGUUAAAAAUGAGGAGUGAAUGUACUUAAAAUUAAUGCAAUCAUGUAGCUUGAUUUCAGGACGGGUGAAAGUGUCAGGUUAUUUUAUUUUAACUUGACCAUUUUGGCUUUUAAUUUUGAAAGCAGAUCUUUAAUUCUGUGUCUGUUUAUUAAUAUUUAACAUGUUGAAACUCCCUACUCCCUAAGAGUGCAUUUAUUAAAGUGAGCACAGUCUUAAAAAUUAAAAUCCAGUACUUUUUGGU